AUGACUGCUUUUAAACACGUGAAGGCUGUUGAUUCGAUUCCUAGCCUUUGCUCAGUCUCUGGAGGCUCCGAUUCCAGCCAACUUCAAAACGGGAAAAGGAUGAGGACAGCUUUCACCAGCUCCCAGCUCUUGGAGCUGGAGAGAGAAUUCUCCUCCAACAUGUACCUGUCCCGACUGCGGAGGAUCGAGAUAGCCACCUACCUGAACCUGUCCGAGAAGCAAGUGAAAAUCUGGUUCCAAAACAGAAGGGUGAAACACAAGAAAGAAGGCAAAGGCACCCAGCGAAACUCGCACGGGGGCUGCAAGUGCAGCACCAGCCAGGGGCAUUACCCCAGGUCAGAGGACGAAGAAUCUUUAUCGCCCUCAUCGGCGACCGAGGAUAAAGAG